GUUUUUGUUUCAUCCUGUCAUUGCAAAUUAAAAACAUUCCUUAUUCCUCCCCUAGAAUCUAUUUGAAAACAUUAUUAUUUCAAUAAUAGUUUAUCAUUAUGGAAGAAUCAAUACUCUUUCAGGAGUUAACUCAGGAUUCAGAAACCGAUACAAUAACGAAUUUCGGUGAUAUCAACAGCAUUAAAACUCAUAAUUCAGUAGAAAAUACUAUCGAAGAUAACACAUCAGAUAAAAAUUCUUUGAAUAUUUCAGUUGAAAAGGUUGCACCACAAAAUGAAAUCAUGGAAUUAAAUCUAAUGCAAUUUAUAAAAUCACAAGAAAAUUUAGAACAGAAUUCCUUGAACCUUAAUGAACCAAGUACAUCAAAAUCAAAUUUAGAACAGGAUGUGGAAUGGUCAUUAUCAAGUGAAAAUGUAUCAUUGGAUCGAAAACGCAAAUCAUCUAAAUGUUCGGAAACUGAAUAUUCAGCAGUUAAAAGAAAAAGAAGUGAAUCAAUUGACAGUGAAUUAGAAUCUGUGGACGAUGAAGAUGUCGAGUUAGAUCAAUCUGGCAGUGAAUAUGUUCCUUCUGAAAAUGAAGAUAGUGACGAAGAGUAUGUUCCAAGAAAAAGUCCUACACCUAAAACUUCCAAUAAGACUAAAAUAUCGCUAUCAACUAAAAUAAAGAAAGUUCUAGACGAUGGUGAUUUUGAAAACUACAGAAAACGUAUUAAAAGUAUUGUAAAUUCGCAUAGCGAUACGAGUAAUGAUAAAAAAUUGGAUUAUCAUGUUAAAGUACCCAGUUCUAUUUGGAGCAAGUUAUAUCAGUAUCAAAAAAUCGGAGUGAAGUGGAUGAACGAAUUAAAUCACCAAAAAGUUGGCGGUUUAUUGGGUGACGAAAUGGGCCUAGGUAAAACAGUACAAGUAAUAGCCUUUCUUGCUGCUUUAGAUUAUUCCAAAACAGUAUAUACUGGGAAUAAAAAAGGUUUAGGUCCUAGUCUAAUUAUUUGCCCAGCAACUGUCAUGCAUCAAUGGGUAAAACAUUUCUAUGAUUGGUGGCCACGUUUACGUGUUGCUAUAUUACAUCAAUCUGGAUCGUUCAAAGGACGUCCACAUGAUUUAAUUCGUGAAAUGAAUAAAGAGACAGGCAUUUUAUUAACAACAUAUCAAGGAAUGUUGAAAUAUAAUAAAUUAUUAUGUGAACUAUAUUGGCAUUACAUUGUUUUGGAUGAAGGUCAUAAAAUCCGUAAUCCGUCUGCAAAGGUCACCGAAGCAAUUAAAAAUAUUCAAACACCUCAUAGAUUAGUAUUAACUGGUUCACCUAUGCAAAAUAAUUUAACCGAACUGUGGAGUUUAUUUGAUUUUAUUGUGCCUGGUAAAUUAGGAACGCUACAAGUAUUUAUGGAUCAUUUUGCAACACCAAUUCUUCAAGGUGGAUAUGCAAAUGCAAGUCCUUUUCAGGAAGCAACAGCUUUGUCAAUAGCUACAGCCUUAAAAAAUGUAAUUACACCGUAUAUGUUACGCAGAGCCAAAGUUGAUGUUCAGAUAGAUUUACCAAGUAAAAACGAACAAGUUUUAUUUUGUGAACUUACCAAAGAACAACUCGAUUUGUAUAAACAUUAUUUAAUGACGGAUCAUGUGGGUACACUAUUAAAUAAAGACCAUAGACUUAGUAAUAAUAUGUUCAGGGCAAAAAUGCUAAUGGCAAUCACAGUUCUACGUAAAAUUUGUAACCAUCCAGAUUUAUAUUUGGGUGACGUAGAAGACACUGCACCAAAUAUUAGUAAAUUACCAGUAGAAGUACCAAUCGAAGAACGUUAUGGAUAUUACAAGCGUGCUGGUAAAAUGAGAGUUGUUGCUUCGUUGUUAAAAAUUUGGAAGCAACAAGGACAUCGUGUUUUGUUAUUUACACAAACACGUUCAAUGAUUGAAAUAUUUGAAGAAUUUUUAAAUAUAAAUAAAUAUACAUAUUUGAAAAUGGAUGGUACAACUAGUAUAGGGGCCCGUCAACCGUUAAUUGAACGAUUUAAUAAUGAUAGUGAAUAUUUCUUGUUUUUAUUGACGACAAGAGUUGGUGGUCUUGGUAUUAAUUUAACUGGAGCUAAUCGAGUAAUAAUAUAUGAUCCUGACUGGAAUCCAGCUACAGAUAUGCAAGCUCGUGAACGGGCAUGGAGAAUUGGACAAAAGAAAAAUGUUACUGUAUAUAGAUUACUUUCUGCUGGGACUAUCGAAGAAAAAAUGUAUCAACGUCAAGUUUGGAAACAAUUGCUUAGUAAUAAAGUACUUUCAAAUGCCAAACAAAAGCGAUUUUUUAAGUUAUCUGAUCUACAUGAGUUGUUUUCGUUGGUUGAACCGAAUUCAAAUGCAAACAUAGAAACAUUAAAUAUUUUCCAAGAUGCUAAAGCUCAUGAAUCUAAAUUAGAUACUAGUGUUAAAUUAUUUUCUGAAGAAAAAUUAAAAGCUAUGAAAGAAUUGGCACAAAAAUUGGCAAAAAAUAUGGGCUCUACUUCUAAAACAAGUACUGAAAAUCCUGAAACAUCGAAGCAAAUUGAAUCAAAAUCAUCGGAAUCGCUACAAAUUUCAGCAAAUGAUUAUGAAAAAGAAGAUGAAAAUUUUAUAUGGGAUCCAACAACAAUUCGUUUUAGGAAAAUGCGAAAAAUUAUUAUACCUACAGAAACAGUUCCGAAAAAUCUUGUUAACGAAACAGAAACAAAUAUUUCAUUUAAUGAAAUUCUUGAGAAAUUAGAAACAGCUAAGACACUAGAUAUUAUAGAUUUCGUUCCUACACAAAAUGAAUCACCGAAUAUGGAAAAUAAAUUGGAACAUGAAACUACAGAUUUGAAAAAUGCAAAUUUAGAUAAAAAUAAUCAAGGAAAAAUGAAAGAAACUCUUACAGCGUCAUGUGCAGACGAUAAACCAAAUAAUAAUACAAAUUUAAAAACUAAGAAAUCCACUGAAAAGUUGAAUAAUCAUUUAAAAAGUGUGAAAAAAAAGCAUCAUAAAUCCGAUGGUGUAGUAGAUGGUGAAAUAGUCCAGGGUGUAAUAAAAAAAGAGCGUUUUAGUAAAUUAACCAAAGAUGAAAAUGUAAAUUUCAAUGAAAAACAAGAUGCAUAUGUUUUACAACAAUUAUUUUCACGAGGAGUGCAUACAGCUUUAAAACAUGAUUCAAUUGUUCGAAGUGAAUAUGAAGGGAAACAUUCUUUGAAGGAUCGAAUAGAAGCUGAACGUAAGGCAAAAAGUGCAUUAAAAGCCCUCAAAAGUACACGAUUAAGAAAAUGGCGGUGGUAAUUUAUUUAAAAGUAUUAAUUUAUAAUUAAUGUAAAUAAAUCUGU